ACCAACAAGCGGCAAGUGGCUCUCGGCAAAAUGGCACAAAUUAGUGCCACCUUAAUUUUCGUUUGUUUGUUACUUCCUCAAAACAGUAAGACGACCCUAUCGAUUGAUUUUGACGAAGAGUACGUCGAUUGUGAGAACGGGAUACCAAUGCCGAGCAUAGAUAUGUCCCAAUUCUUGAUUCUUACACAGGAGGAUGGUUCUGUUACGAUGAACGGGACCGUUCGUUUCACCAAGGAUUACGAGAGUCCAACAAGGUGGAAAGUGUAUACGGAACGGCUAGAGCGUGGCGAAUGGCACCCGGCCAUUGUUGCCCGAGAUAUCCCGAACAUUUGUGCGGUUCUGCAGAUGCCUUACGAACCCUGGUACCGGUACACCAAGUUUAUGGAGCAAAAAAGUUGUCCCUACCUAGCUGGGCACGAAGAACAUAUUGACAAUAUCGACAUUGGAAAUUUUGCUGCAAUAUACGGUGUGGCGGAGGCAUUGAUUGGUGAAUGGAAAGUUUACCAUUUCGUCACUGCGACGCGUAAUGGGCAGCGGGUCGAGGAGUGCUUCAUGAACCCGGCAACCGUUUCGGAGAUAUAA